AUGCCUCCAGCUCGAAGAAAACCGCCAUCGAAAGUGGUUAAAUUUCUAUCUGGGACAGAAUUCACUUCUGGUCUUUUUUCCCCAUGGUUGUGUGAAUUAAGGCAAGAAUCGCUGUUAACCUUUUGCGAUCUUGCAAAUCGGCUCAUCAAAAGAUUAGAAGUCAGUCCAGAGUUUUUCUCAUUCUUUCCUGAGUCUCCACUUACAGAUCACUUGGUUGAAUCUAAAAAGCGUCAAGACUCCUUUGAACCUGUUAGGGUUACUAAUGGUUCUGCAAGUGUUAUCUGCAUUGACAAUAUGUGGCAUUGGGAUCCCAUCAGUGCUGUCUCUGCUUACUUCCGUUCUGCCAGUUUGAUUGACCAAAUUCUCACUCGAUUGCCUUGUUCUAGCGAGGGACACACUUAUGUUGAUUGGAGUCUGCUUAGACAACUUCCAAAUCCCGAUGACAUACUCUUGGUUCUAAUUCGUCUAAUUUGGCUCCUACCCUCUCGAGGCUGUAACCCAAACUCUCAUUCCACUGCUCCCCUCAUUGAAGCAAUCAAUAAUCUAUUUGCCACAACUAUAUCCGCCGAUACUCUCAGGGAUUCCGCUGUUGGACGAUUCUUGGAUGCGUUCAAACAGGAGUCCAUUGGUCUUUGCCUGUUUGUGGCCACUUAUCGUCGUCACCUUCUCUCUGCUUAUAGGUAUGAUCUGUUAACGAUCUUCUUUUGCAAUUAUUUCCUUACAGGUGUGUACAUCAAUUUGAUUGCCUACUACCGUUCUCACCAUCAUAUAUACUUUGCCCAUUGUUAUGAUCAUUCUGGCAAGACUCGUUAUCACGAUGACCUGAUACUUGUUAAAUAUGAGCGUUUUACUUCUCUUGGUAGGGAAAGUCUUCGGAACGCAGGUUUCCCUCAGUUGAUUCCUCCGGUGGUUCAAAUGUGUCGAGAUUUAGCGGAGGCGCAUCGUGAGCCUUCUAAAGCCUCUCCUGCACUGCAAUCACUCCGUCAUCGAUUGAAUGCUACUACCACUAGGCAAUUCGACUCAGAAUCUAGUCAGCAUGACCCGUCCCUCUUCUCUAAUGUUAGUAAACUGAUAUCUAUGAGUGGCAUUGGAGUUGGUCGACGUACACCACAACCCUACUCUCCGAAUUUGAUCAUCCUUGUUGUUUAUGGAACUAUGACUUGGAGUCUGGCUCGGGAAAUUGUUGAUGCAGUCACUCGAAGUAGUCCUCGUUGUGUGCAACUACCUUCUGAGGGGACACGAUAUCUUUCAACAGUGCCUUCUCUGAGAUAUUCGCAAUGUUUCCUAUGCUCUGCUGUUCUUCAUCGAAUAUGCUCUCAUAAAAGUAUUUAUAUCAAAUGGCAGGCUUUAUGA